AUGGUUCUAAAUAUACGAGGCUUAGUAUCUUUGGUGUGUUUUUUUACAUUAACUUUAGCUACUGGAAUUUGGGCUUCUUGGAAAAGCAAGAAGGACCAGCAGAACAGAAACCCAACUGAAAUGGCCAUAGUUGGAGGCAGGAAUAUAAAUGUAUUUGUUGGACUGUUUACUGCAACAGCCCCCUGGGUUGGAGGAGCGUAUAUCAACGGCACAGCUGAAAUUGUCUACCUGCCUUCAAAAGGACACUUGUGGGUCCAGGCACCUAUGGGAUUUGCCUUAUCCCUUGUUAUUGGUGGUUUCUUCUUUGUAAAUCAAAUGAGAUCCAAGAAUUAUGUGGAGGUGAUGGAUCCUCUUCAAGAAACCUAUGGGAAUGUGAUGGGAAGCUUACUCUUCAUUCCACCUCUGCUAGGAGAGGUGUUCUGGUUUGCAGCUCUCCUGGCAUCCCUGGGUAAAUACUCACUUUGCCACUGUGUGCUUGGCAGCAUCCCAUGGCAAACCUACUUCCAAAGAGUGCUCUCCACUGCCUCGCUGGGACAGGCAAGGCUCGUCUCCUACCUCUCUGGAUGUGGGUGCUUUUUAAUGUUCAUUCCCUCUGUGCUCAUUGGUGCAGUUGCAGCAUCAACAGACUGGAACCAGACAAGCUAUGGUCUUCCAAGUCCACUUGAGAGAGGGGAAUCGUCAACAAUACUGCCACUUGUUCUACACCAUCUCUGCCCAGUAUACAUCUCCAUUGCUCGGUUGGGAGCCAUCGCUGCUGCUGCAAUGUCUUCUGCAGACUCAGCUCUUCCCUCUGCCAGCUCCGUGUUUGCUCACAACAUCUACAGGAAACUCUUGAGGAAAAAGGCUACAGAGACAGAGGUCUUAUGAGCCAUGAGGACCUCCAUGCUGAUAUUUGGGGCAGGGGCUGCCGGCCUGGCUUUUUACUCCAGCUGUGUCUAUGACCUCUGGUUCCUCUGCGGGGAGCUGGUGUAUGCUCUGCGCUUCCCCCAGCCCUGCUGUGCCCUCUUCGCUCCCAACACCAACACCUGCGGAUCAGCUGCUGGCUUCUUGGUUGGGCUCCUCCUGAGGCUGCUGGCAGUGGAGCCUGCCCUGAGCAUCCCCCCCACCAUCUGCUACCUGACCUGCUCCCUGGUGAAUGGGACCUGCAGUCAGCUCUUCCCCUUUAAAACAUUCAACGUGCUUCUCAUCUUGGGGACAAUCGUUGCUGUUUCCAACCUGGCUGCGGUUUUGUUUGAGCGAAACCUCCUUCCCCACAGGUGGGAUGUUUGCAAUAUCACGGGGGGAGCCAGCACCCUCAUUCCCCUGCAGCAGAUGGAGAAACAGAUGGGUUCACCAGCAGUUGCACUGGAAAAGAAUUGUGAUUAAAUGUGGGGACUCGUUUGAAAUGUCAAGGUGCCUCCAGCAAUUACA